AGGAGGGAGGAUGUGUGUCGGGUGCUCUCUGACUUCUUUGUCACGUGAAUUUUCGUGCGCUUGUGUUAGUUGUUAAAAAAAAGCGAUACAGAUUGUGACGCAUGUUGUUAUGUAGAUGACAAUAUAUAUAUUUCGUUUUGUGUAAAAUAUUUUAGUGAUGCUAGAAGUGGAAUAUAAGAAGAAAUGAAAAAAACACCCAAUGUGCCAGUUGAUAAUGAGUGAAUAUUAGAAAGUGUUAUACAUUUACCUGGAGUUAUUCCCAUCAACCAUGGGUAACAAGGCCUUUUCACCCAGCAAUGACGGCAGCAGAUCCAAGUCUAGAGGCGCGUCUCUGGUGUCCAGUCUCCGCCGCGGGACGUCCCUGCGGAGGAUGUCGUGGAUGCCGCGGCCGCACAUGGAGAGCAAGGCCUGGCUCUCCGACCUCGGCCUCCCGCAGUACGCCGGAUGCUUCUCCAAGUUCGGAGGCGUCGAGGAUUUCUUGUACUAUGACGAGGCUUCCAUCAAAGCGCUGGGGAUCCAUCACCAGGGACACCGCGCCAAGAUCAUGUCAUCCUUGGCGAUCCUGAAGGAGAAGUAUGAAAGAGGUAAGUGUUGCUGUGUUGUUGUCUUCAAGUGUUGCAGAGGAGUGGGCGUCGGGAUUGGCUUUGCACGGAAGUUGGCAAUUAAGAUUUUCACCAAGAGUGGUUCUACCUGUGUAAAGAACCUUGCCCCAAAAGGGUAG